AUGCUCACGGCGCAUAGCGACGUCUACUCGAUCAUCAUUGAAGUUCACCCCGACAACGAAAACCCUGAGCAACCAGGUCAAGACUGGCGACUAGGCGAUAUCUCGGUCGAUUGGGUCGACCUCAUCCGCGAGAAGAGUUCGGACCGCGCCUGGCAGGAGGACGAUCAGCACCAGGAGGAAGAACGCAUUGAGAAGCAUCCGACCGUUCCCGGCGCAAUGACCAAGACCACAUCCAAGCCGUCUCCGCGCCAUCGUAAGAAGAAGCGUCCAGAGUCUAUCGACGACCUCUCCCUGCAACCUCUCCUGGCUCAUAUCGCUGGCCCGAACCCCUUCGAAGCGUCCUCUUCAUCAGGCGUCACCCAUGUCGGCAACGGUGUCGUCCACUUGUUCAAGCAUGCUCCUCCGGCGAGCCUGAUUGCGCGGCUGGAGGGCCAGAAUGGCGAGGGAAGCUCUGGUCCGCCAGACCCCGAAGGCUGGGCUGACGAGAAUGCCGAGGGCGGUGACGGCAGCCUGAUCGCGAUCUUGGCCGUGCCCGCGUGGAUGCGGCCGGCGGAUCUCAUCGAGUUCCUGGGAGGAUGGGCAGGGUGUCUCGAGGGUGUGAGAAUGAUCAGGUGGGUUACAACCAUCGUUCCUGCUAACCAACAGAGAAGCAACGACCCCCAACCGGUCAAUCGUACUGCUCAAGUUCAGGGAUCCGCUGCAGGCGUCCGACUUUAUGGUGAUCUUUGCUGGCAAGGCGUUCUCGACACUCGAGCCGCGAGAGACCUGUCACCCCAUCCGCGUGCACCACCUCGUCCUGCACCGCUUGGACGCGAGCGACAUCGCCGUUCCCGCAUUCCCGCCAAGCGUGUACGAGAGCCGCGCCAAGGCGCUGCCGAAGCAGCUGAAGGGCGUGCCAAAGUCGAAUGA